CAGAUCAGUCACGUUAGCACGAAUGAGCAAGCUAGAUUGUAACCAGCUCUUUUCAGAAAUAGCACAGUCAGUGAAGUGUUACGGAGUGAUAUAGCUAAAUCUAGGCACUCAAAGUCGUAUUAUCGGAGAGGUUUUUAGUCAGACAACGGGGUUUGUUUUUCUACGCGGCUAUCGAGUUUGUCAGUUAUAACCUAUUAACGAGAUAGUUAGCUAACUUGAUACUGCAGAGGUCUGUUUAUGGGUAGGGGGCUAGCUCACUAGCUACUUUCAUCCCAACUUCUCAAGAUAAAGUAACGUUAGCCAGCAUAGCUUUUAUCCCAGCUCCUGGGUCUUCAAUUACUGGAGUCAUGUCCACGGCAGGAGACUUUGGAAACCCGCUGAGGAAAUUUAAAUUGGUGUUUUUGGGCGAACAGAGUGUUGGGAAGACAUCAUUGAUCACCAGGUUCAUGUACGACAGCUUCGACAACACCUAUCAGGCUACAAUAGGAAUAGAUUUUUUGUCGAAAACAAUGUAUCUUGAAGACAGAACAGUGCGACUGCAGCUGUGGGACACAGCAGGACAGGAGCGGUUCAGGAGUCUGAUUCCUAGCUACAUACGUGACUCCACUGUGGCAGUGGUUGUCUAUGACAUCACAAAUGUUAACUCUUUCCAGCAAACCACUAAGUGGAUUGAUGAUGUUAGAACGGAGAGAGGAAGUGAUGUCAUCAUUAUGCUGGUGGGGAACAAGACCGAUCUUGCAGACAAAAGGCAGAUUACCACUGAGGAAGGAGAGCAGAGAGCGAAAGAGCUGAGUGUUCUCUUUAUCGAAACGAGCGCAAAGACAGGCUACAAUGUGAAACAGCUGUUCCGGCGGGUUGCGGCUGCUCUGCCCGGGAUGGAGAGCACACAGGACAAGACCAGGGAAGACAUGAUUGACAUAAAACUGGAGAAGCCCCCGGAACAGCCAGUCAGCGAAGGAGGCUGUUCCUGUUAAUACUGGAAUUGUUGCCUUUCUCUUUCACCCUCACUCCAGCUCCUUGUACUCUCUCUCUCUCUCUCUCUCUCAUCCAGCGCCUCUGCUUCUCUUCCGCCUCAUCAGCUGCUGUGCCAGUGAAAGCCAGAAAGAAAAGAACACUAGCAUUUCCUGUGUCCGUUGUCUUCGUUUCAUUGAUUCACUAAGAAGACUUUAAAAGAUUUACAAGCACAAUGUGGAUGUGAAAGUUUUGUUUGUCCGUUUUUUGUUUGUUUGUUUGUUUUUCUUAUUUUUGAUAAACUUCCGCCUUUUGGUUUGGUUACACUGAUUCAGCAGAUUUCUAACUCGAACUUUCUUUUAAAAACGCACUGUAAUAGUUAACAUCGUUUUGUUAACCAUUUGUAAAAUUGCCGUAAAUAACGAACGAAUCGAACAAGCUAUCCCAAAACUUAGCUGCAUUGGAAAAGUGUUGGUAUGAUUUUUUUGAUUGAUAUUGUUUGAUAAUUUGAACAAACAUCAGUUGGCUGAGGGGCUCAAUAAAUGUGUACUGGUACCAUGCAGUGCUUUUGUGGAGAUGGUAAAUGGUGAAUUUAAGCAGAGGUUUCUAGUUUUUAUUUUUUUUAAUCCUAAAAUUUAUGAAAUGAGUAAUAAAUUUAAAACCUGCAGUGGCAGCAGGAGUUCAGCCUCUACUCAAACUCAUAAUACAAAUUGUAGGAGAUUUUUCUGCAGUGUGGGAAAAUUUUCAAAAGCUAUAUUUUAUAAAUUAAUUAAUUAAUCAGAGUCAGACCACAGUCUUUUUCCUGUUCAGGAUGUAGUCAAAGAAUCUGUUGCCUUGGCUGCCAUGUUCGAUUGUAUCUUAUGUAAACUAUUUAGUCUUUUUUAAAGAAAUGCAUAUAACUAGAUUACAUAUAUGGGUAUGAGUGCUCUAGUUAACAUGAUAAAGUUGUAAUUUAGGGAAGUGUCAUUAAAUAAGUGACUAGACCUACAUAAAAUAUAUGCAGACACUUUUUUUAAAGCAUUAAUUACUAUAGGGCUUCCACUGGCUGAUUUUUGUUAAUGUUGUAAAAUUUGAUUUAACAUUGUAAUACUGGCUUUAGCAAGGUCUUUUGUUAUCAAGAAAUAUUUAACAUAUUCAUUUGAUCAAGUGUUUUCUGUUAUUUAUUUCUACUGGAGUUUUUUUUUAUCGUUCUUCUAAAACCGCAAAUAUGUUUCUUAAUAAUGAGCGUUUUGCACCGAUUCAACUAGCAUAUCCUUGCGUACAAAAAUAUUAUGAAAUAUGUGCAUCGUUGCCCCUCACCCAGUGACAGAUAUAACAAUAAGUGACAGUGUACAGUGUUUUCCAUGGAAGGGUAGUUGUUUUAGUUACUGUACCUCUAGGUUAUUUUAUUUUAAUUUUAAAAGAAAAGUAGGCUAAAAUGUCACUGCUAUGUGCUGUCAAGCACUCAGACUCAUGUUUCGCACUGCUAAACUCCAUUGUGGCACAGCUGUGUGUCUGUCGGCUAUUAUAAAGACCUGUAUUUAGUAACUAUGGAAAAUGGCUUUUUUUGUUAAAUAAAAAGAAAUUUAAAUCCGAA